UAUUUGGAUAUAAAAAGGACCAAAAUCUAAACUGAAGCACUUGAGAUCUAAAUACCAACAAGAUGAAACUUUUAGUUAUCUUUGUAGCAAUCUGCGUUAGCGGUAUCCAAUUCAGCGAAGCAAAAAGAAAAUGCUGCCCUCCACCAAAGACACAGAUUGUCAUUACUGAUGCAAAUGUUGCAACUUUUGUUAAGGCUCUGAAGGAUUUAGUGGAGACUCAUAAUAGACCAGAACAUUUCCAGAAAGUGGUUGUUGAAAAUAUUCAUUCUGUGACAGAUAAAUUUACAGUAACUACCGAAACACGUAGCCUCAUUGGAGACUUUAAGAAAUUGUUUAAAACUAUCUACUUUGGAUUAAAGGGCGUAAUUGAUCUGGUAUUGCCUCUUUAUACAGAUCUCUUCGAUGUCGAAGUUGAGGUUCUAAAGAAAGUUAUACGUCUCUUUGUUCAUCACAACGAACCACUGGUGGAUCUCUUGGAUAAAAUAGUAAUUGCUUUAGCAUCUGUACAAAGAGUAGCAGUCCUUAGUUUUAUAGAUAUUAUCUUAAGUACCCCUGAUGAGUCUCCAUAAGUUGCUAGAGAUAUGAUUUAUAGAUAUAAUUUAUAAAUUAAUUUACAUCGUGAUAAAAUGAUUGCUUAAAUUUACCUGUACUUUGCAAAUAAAUUGCUUGAAAAUA